UGUGAUUAUAAUUAAGUAAACAUUUGUUUUGAAGACAAUCCAAGAGGUGUCGAGUGAAUCAAAAUGAGUGACAAUCCGUCCGAAGAAGUGUUGGAUCCACACCACCAACCAUAUCAUGAUCUCAUCACAGAUGCCAGUGAUUUGUCAGCUUUUGUGGACCAAUUGACUUUGAAUGAGACAACUGUUGAGACAAAAGCGUCGGAUUUGAGGACUGGUUUAGUAUAUUAUGAAGAGAUGUCAGAACAUCGAUGUCUUUGGGACGACAACUAUGAGGAGAAUCCCAAACGCUUUACGCAUACUUUGAAU